AUGAAUGUGCAGGCUGGUCAGGAGGUGGACGUGGAAAUCAAACAACAUGACGAGAAAUACGUGAAGCCCAAGCCUAAGUACAAGCCCUUCUCUGGGGCUGGACAGCGCCUCGGCAGCCCCACGCCUGGUGUGAGAGCACCUGCGCCAGCAGCUGCCCCUACUCCCAGUCAGUCCACCGAGCCAGCCAAGCCGGACAUAGAUGAGUCGCAGCCGACGGUGACUCUCCAGAUCCGCCUUGGAGACGGCUCACGGCUCACUUCCCGGUUCAACACCAGCCAUACCAUUGGUGACGUGUACCAGUUUGUGACCGCUGCCAGCCCUAGCAGCCAGUCGCGUCCCUGGGUAUUGAUGACUACGUUCCCCAGCAAGGAUCUCUCCGACAAGAGUGUUGUGCUGGGUGAUAUGGCGGAGUUUAAGCGGGGCGGCGUGGUGGUACAGAAGUGGCAAUAA